AAGGAUGAAUCCUUAAUUAAGGAGAAGAAGGAUCAAGUCCUUAAUAUGCUGGCGCAACGGGAUUGGUUCGAGCUUUCUAUUUUUUUUCCUUGAUACAAAAAUAAAAAAACACAGAUCUUUAUCCGAUUACGAGAGAAAGUUAGAAACUUUGUUAAAAGCUAUGGCGAAGAAGAUGGGAGUGACGAUGGAAGUAGGGAACGAUGGCGUUGCUGUGAUCACCAUUUCGAAUCCUCCUGUUAACUCUCUGGCCAGCCCAAUUAUUUCUAGGUUGAAGGAGAAGUUUCAAGAUGCGAAUCAUAGGAGUGAUGUUAAGGCCAUCGUCUUGACAGAGAACGGUGGAAGAUUCUCGGGUGGUUUCAACAUCAAUGUUUUCCAGCAAGUGCAUAAGACUGGUACACAAGCGGCAUUACUGGUAUUAACAAAGACGACGCAGUUCAUCUCUUCCAGUCCAUGCUUCGGUCUGAAGCAAUGAGUUUGAUAGAUCGGAUGGUGGAACACGGCUUCCGACCUGAUGGAGUUACCUAUGGAACGGUUUUGAACAGAUUGUGCAAGUACGGGGAGACUUCCAUGGCCUUGGAUUUUCUCAGGAAGAUCAAGCACCAGGAAGCCGCUUGUUGCUGCAGUUGAAGGAUUAGCUCUUGGUGGUGGUUUAGAACUGGCUAUGGUGAGACUUUUCAAGUUUAUUUUUAAAAGUAUCUUUUUGUUGUUGUUCUUGUGUUGUUCUUGUGUUGUUGAUUGUACUACUUGUAAAAAAAAAAUAUAUCUAAGGAUUUCAUAUUGGAUAACACCA